GAGCAUGACAAACUCACAGCAAUAUGGGAUGUAUGGGACAUGUGGGUAAAGCGAUUACCCUUUCUUUACAAUCUAGGCCCCCACGUCACUGUAGAUGAAUGUCUGGUUGCAUUUCGUGGGCGCUGUCCCUUCAGACAAUACAUACCAAGCAAACCGGCCAAAUACGUUAUCAAAAUAUGGGCAGCAUAUGAGGCACAGACCAACUAUGCCUGGAAUAUGCAGAUGUACACUGGAAAAUCCCCUGGGGAAGCACCUGUAAAAAAUCAGGGCAUGAGGGUGGUACUAGACAUGGCUGAAGGACUGAAUGGUCAUAACAUUACAUGUGAUAUUUUUUUCACAUCGUACGCCCUGGGUGAGGAACUGCUGAAAAAGAAGGUUACCAUGUUGGGGACAGUGAGAAAAAACAAGCCAGCACUUCCCUCUGAGCUUCUUGCGAUGAAGAACAGGAAGGUAAAACCUUCAGUGUUUGCCUUCACUGGCAGAGCCACUGUCAUCUCCUAUUGCCCCAAGAAAGGGAAAAAUGUCCUGCUGAUGAGCACCAUGCACAAAGAUGCUGUCCUGAGCACAAGACAGAAAACCACGAAUGGUCUUGGACUACAAUGAGACAAAGGGAGGGGUUGAUAAUCUGAAUAAGGUCACAGCCACCUACAGCUGCCAACAGUUAUGACUGCCCGUUGGUGCCUUGUAAUUUUCUUCAACAUCAUUAAUGUGAGCGGCUACAAUGUCUUUGUAUUAUGGAGCGAAAUAAACAAGGAUUGGAACAUCGGAAAACUGAGUCGAAGGAGGAUUUUCCUGGAGCAGCUGGGUUAUGCGUUGGGGAAACCUCAUAUCGAGAGAAGAGAGUGCCUUCCAAGAGCAUCAACAGGUGCUGCAACUGUUGUGAAGGACAUCCAAAUGGAGACACACACCCUAGUGGUUCAAACUGCAGGCAGGAAACGUGGCAGGUGCCAGGUUUGUCCC